GCGGUGCAUCUGUGCGUGUAAACUGUGGAGUUCCUCGCCGGGAAGGAGGAAACGUGUUAUCUGUUAAUUUUUGCAGGUCUCUCAUGUUGUUAUUACGUUCGGAGUGACGUUUGAACGGGUUUCGUCGGUACUUCGGGUUGUUCGUAACGGCGGUGUGGCGCGACGCUGUAAACACUGGGUGUUUGUCACCUGGCUGCAGCAGCUGACUUUGAGUCCUGAGAAGAGUGGAGCCGCUAGACGCUUGUCAAAAGAAAACAGGCAGUUGCCAACAAGAAGUUAGCCAGUUAGCCUGCCUGCUAGCCACCUCUCCCUACAGCCCCUCAGCAAGCAAGUCCCACCCUCACCAAGUGCGUGGACGCCGUAAGAAGCUGCAGCGGUGAAGUCGAGUGCUUUUCCCUCUCACCGUAGCCAGCAUCGCCGCAAGUUAGAGCGGGCUGGCAAGCUAAAAUAGCCUUCUAAACGUUAGCUAGGUGACGCCAACGUAAAAUUGUGGGCUUUAACGUUGGACAAGUCACUUCUGAGGUGGGAUACGGUCGCUACACUGGCAAAGAGACCGGCAAAAAAGAAGAGGCGAAAUAAGAGAGAACAAGGAAGACGCUGAGAAGGAGGGGACUGGCUAGUUUAGCCGGGGAGACAGAAUCUCACAUAGAUAGCAAACGCCGCCACUGAGCCACGUACAGCCAUGAGUAUUGAGAUACCAGUGGGGUUGACCGAACUGCUGCAGGGCUACACUGUGGAGGUGCUGAGACAAAGGCCGUCAGACCUGGUGGAGUUUGCAGUACAGUACUUCACCCGUUUGAGGGACAACAGAAAUCAGGAUGGGGCCAGUGCUGGUGGCAAGACGGGGAAAGGAGUGAUGUUUGAUGGGGAGCCGAUGCAAACAGAGUCCAAUGGCGAGGAUGACGAAGAUGAUGAUUCUGACUUUGAGCCUCCACCACCCAGCAGAUUCAACAGGAGAGUGUCAGUGUGUGCGGAGGCUUUCAACCCAGACGAGGACGAUGAAGACACGGAGCCCCGAGUAGUUCACCCAAAAACAGAUGAACAGCGCUGCAGACUGCAGGAGGCCUGCCGAGACAUCCUACUCUUCAAAACACUAGAUCAGGAGCAGUUCUCAGAGGUGCUGGACGCAAUGUUCGAGUUAAGGGUUCAGCCCCAGGAGCACGUCAUCGACCAGGGAGCUGACGGAGAUAACUUCUACGUCAUAGAGAGGGGUGUGUAUGACAUAGAGGUAUCAGGAACAUGCGUGGGUCAGUAUGACAAUAAGGGCAGCUUCGGGGAGCUGGCACUCAUGUACAACACGCCACGCGCCGCCACCAUCAUCGCCACCCAGGAGGGGGCGCUAUGGGGACUGGACCGUGCCACAUUUCGUAGACUCAUUGUGAAGAACAAUGCCAAGAAGAGGAGGAUGUACGAGUGUUUCAUUGAGUCCGUGCCCUUACUCAAAUCACUGGAGGCAACAGAGAGGAUGAAGAUAGUGGACGUAUUAGGAAUGAAGCAGUUCUCAGACGGUGAGCGCAUCAUCACACAGGGAGACAAGGCUGACUGUUUCUAUGUUGUAGAAUCUGGGGAGGUCAAGAUCAUGAUGAAGAGUAAAACGAAGGCGGACCAUGCAGACAAUGCGGAGGUGGAGAUAACACGCUGUAGCAGGGGUCAUUACUUUGGGGAGCUGGCCCUGGUCACCAACAAGCCCCGGGCUGCCUCCGCCUACGCAGUGGGCAGCGUCAAGUGUUUGGUAAUAGACGUGCAGGCCUUUGAGCGCCUGCUGGGCUCCUGUAAGGAGAUCAUGAAGAGGAACAUCGCCCACUAUGAGGAGCAACUGGUGGCCCUGUUUGGCUCCAGCAUGGACCUGAGAGACUGAGCCUCCCACACCACCCUCCGUGCCUUCUAUUACACACACACGCACAGACAUAUGUCCUCUCUCACAUCAUGCGGUGGCUACACAGACUCAUCAUAAGCUUUCCACAGGCCGUGCAAACACAGGAGAAAUUGGCUCACCUGCAAGUACAUGAAUGCCCACACAGUAUGAAUGCAUUCUCACUCAAACAUACAUGCACAUUGACACCUAUGUAGGCACUGAGAGACGCCCAUUUCAGUUAGUCUGUUCACUCCUUCAUAAACUCAUUUUGUGGACGGACACACACACACACACACACACACACACACACACACACACACACACACACACACACACCUGGCAUAAGGCCACAGACCUUAAUGCUAGAGCCAGCUUCAACCUCUCAGUAUGAUUGUCUUUGCUGCAAUGACCUCAAUACAGGCAAAGCAGUGUAAGGACAUACAGUAUACACACACAUAUGCACACACUCCAUUCACAUGUUUAAAAACAUUGAAAACAACAUCCUCAUGCUUCAUAUGUGCAGGCUUUGCAUUCACAUGAGCACUUAAACAACUCAAAGUUGUUCCAACAAGCCUCAGUAAAGGACACACACAUACACACACACACACACGGGUACAAAUGCAGAUACUCAAAAACACAUAGGUUACCACACUUGCAAAAACGGACACAUUGUGGUAAAAUGGAGACGAAAAACUUUAAAAAUCUCUAAACAGAAAAAAGAAUCAAAAAUGCAAAAAAAGAGAGAAAAGUUUAAAGAAGACAUAAGUUUUAGAAACGUUUUAUGAAAAUACAAAACAGAAGCUUUGAUAAAAUAUUAUUUAAAUAAAAAAAGUGUUUCCUCUUUGGGAGGCCGGCGUGCAAAACUUUGUGGUUGCACUCCAUUUCUUCCUCUACUGUUGUUGGUUGAGUUGAGUUAGUGCUGGUGAUUAUUCAAGUACCACAGAAGAAGCAGUGAAAACAAUAACAACCCUAUGUUUUCUGGGCCAUUGUUAUUCUACCAUUGACGCCACACUUCAUUGUAUUGAAUUAAUUAUUAAUGUAUUGUUAUUAUAUAUUCAUUUAUUAUUUUUUGUUUUACUUUGACCAAUUCUGAUCAAAUUCACCAUCCAUCUCUGACAAAAUGUAAAAUCAGAAAAAAAUUCUAAUAAAAAAAAGUAGUGCUUAUUUCUCCCUGAUUAUCCUUGAAUGAGUUGUCCUGGAUUUAAAAAAAAAAAAAAAA